ACUUCACAACGGAUGUGUGAAUCAAAUGAAAGUACUGGUAUGUCAAAUGACUCAACUAACAAUAACAUUAGUUACAUAAUGUUUCAUAAACAAUUCUCUAUGGGACGUUUUACUUAAAUCACAAAAAAAAUGUACAAUGUUGCACACAAACGAAGUCAAAUGAGAAUUAAUGGCGAAACGAAUGUCUCACAUUGAUCAGCUACCUACAGUUUCAGUAGCCAACCAAAUCAAAAUAGAAUCUUCACGCCCUGUAAUCACAAUCCAAGCGCAAACAUACGCAUUCUGUUUGUCCGUCAUUUGAUCAUCAACUGUAAUGCCCGUUGUGUGCAGUUUUCUGUUACUACCGUUGUUCCUGUUUAUUUCACCCGUGUCACCCCUCGAUCAAAAUUGGACAAGAUAUUUGGUAACUUCAACAGGCGGCCUAACUUUCCUGGCAUCUCAAAUCACCUUGAUUCCGCAUCUUUCAGCGCCGAUCGAUCGAGAAGCAUGGGUACCCAGCUGAACUCCAUUCCGUCACCACCAAAGACGGCUACAUUUUGACCAUAAGUCGCAUUCCGUCUCCCCGGAAAACCCCCAUUCUCCUGAUGCACCAAGUGUACGGCUGCUCCGUGGACUUCACCAUCCUAGGACCCGGGAAAGCCAUCGCUCUCUUAGCUCACGAUCAAGGCUACGACGUCUGGAUGGGCAACGUGCGCGGCAACAUGUUCUCGCGCGAUCAUGUCAGCUUGGACCCCAACAAGAGUGCCUUCUGGAAGUACAGCUACCACGAAAUUGGAUCCUUCGACGUCCCGGCCAUGGUAGACUACAUUCUGCACCUGACCGGGAGAAAGCGACUGCACUACAUCGGCCACUCGCAAGGUUCCGUAGUGUUCCUGGUGAUGACCUCGAUGCACCCGCAGUACAACCAGAAGAUCGCCAGCGCACAUCUAUCGGCUCCCCCGGCAUUCCUCUCCAGAUCAACAGCCCCGGUAACCUCCAUGAGUGGCGAGAUCCUCUCCGCCCUCCUGCUAAUGGACAGCUUAGGUGUCCACAGUAUCGGCGAUCGGUUCAAUAGUGAACCGCUGAUGUACGUGAAGCGUGCCAUCGAUGCGAGCGUCAUCCGCGAGGAGUGGAUCAUGGAGACCGCGUACUAUCUGGCUGGCGAAGAUCGCGAAGGCUUCAACAUGUCCGUUAUACCGGACCUGACAGCGGCCUUUCCGGCAGGUGGCUCUCUGAGACAAUUCACGCACUACGUCCAAUGUCACCGGUCCGGGCGUUUCGCCCAGUACGACUAUGGACGGGAGGGGAACUUAAAACGGUACGGACAUUCGACGCCGCCGGCUUAUCCGCUGGAACUGGUGACGGUCCCGGUGGCGAUGUACUACGGAAGUAACGAUCAGUUUGUGGCGGUGGAGGACGUGGAUCUGCUGGCGAAAAAACUGCCCAAUGUGGUGCUGAAGUAUUUACAUCCGAAUCCCAAGUGGAACCAUAUUGACUUUCUGUACGGGAAGGAGGCUCCGGAAGUGUAUCGGAAACUGCUGGGGCUGAUUCAUUCCUACGAAAGACGGUGAUGUGGUGGACAUCUUCAAUUACUAUUUGAAACCGUUACCGUUGUGCUUCACGUUUCAGUAAGUCAAUAACCUUCACCAUGCUAUUUCGAAAAACUUUGUUUUUUUGGACAUUUGGAUACAAAUUUCGUCUUGAAUUCACUGAUUCUUUUGUUUGGCAUUACAUUACAAUUAUGUAUAAUGAAACUUUAUAAACAAUUCCUUGCCACAACACACGAAUCGUGUCUGCAGUUCUUCAAUCUCGCCCGCGUCCCACAGGUGCCAGAUUGUUCUGCACCUGGUUCUUCCACCUUACACUUCCUAUAUUACGUAUGCUUCCAGUUUUAGACACCUUCCGGAUGCUAGGUUCACCGUAGAUUGCAGCGAGCUCGUUGUUCAUUCUUCGCCACCAAACACCGUGCUCCUGCACACCGCCAAAGAUGAUCCUAAGCACCCGUCCAUGAUUCCCUCCGUCCGUGAUUUUCCAUAGUUCUCUGCCGUCGAUACUGUCGUAUGCCGGCUUGCAGUAGAUGAACCUGGUGCGUUUGGUUUGGAGGAUAUACUGCAAGGUGAAGAUGUGGACCACUGUCGAGCGGCCGUCAAUGAAGCCGGCUUGAUAACUUCCCACAAAACUAUUUACUUCAGGUGGAAGGCGACGGAAGAUGUUCUAGGAUAUCACUUUGAAGACAGUAUUCAAAUUUGUGAUCGAUCGGACGCUCUCACAAUAAACUGAGAACAUUUGUAUCAACCCAUUGUACGGACUCUUCUUAUUAAAUAUUGAGUUAAACAUAUGAAAGUCCUUCGAUGUAGGCUUCAAACGUACUGGGAUAUCUGUUUAGUCCAGCCCCAACUGCUU